CUGCGCCAAAUCGGCCUCUAUUCACCAGCUAUUCAUGCACUAAUUGACAACUGCCCGAUUGGUUCCGAAACCUUGAUUACUCGAAUGCUUCAUCUACUGACUGAAUCCCCAUCCAACUCUGGUCAGCUGACAUCUUUUGCUCCUAGCCCUACGCCUGCUGGCUUGCUCAGUAUCGUAAUGCCACCAUCUAGCAUAGUGGAUCGUGUGCGACGUCUCUAUGUGGACCGAGUGCAUGAUGUUCGCUGUCUUAUUCCAGUUCUGGUCGGGCUCACUAAACCCGAGGUGGUGGCUGCUCUUCCUCGGCUAGUUCUGCUCUCCGACAAGGUCGUUAAGGAGGUCAUCACUCGCCUACUUUAUGCCAGCAUAUCUACUGUUCACGCCCCGAAUCCCCUUGUUGGUAAGCCCGGCCAUGAAAAUCAGCAACCACCAGUGGGGCCUCCUCUCCUCGGACCAAUGACACCGCAGGAACUUUUAGUAGCCAUUCAUUUGCUUGAAUUCGUCCGCCAGCCAGCAUCAGGACAACUUGGUUCAGAAGUUCAAACUCCGAUGGUUGAUAUCCGAAGUGUAUUACGUGCUUGUCGCGUAUGUCUCUCGGAGCGUCGUCUUUUCACCCAAGACAGAUUGAGUGUUGCAAUCGAGCAGCUCGUAGAGCAACCCGUUCUCCCAACUCUCAUGAUGCGCACCAUUAUGCAAGCUCUGGCUAUGCAUCCUCGGCUCACAGGCUAUAUUAUCAACGUGCUCAGCCGUCUGAUUCGACGACAGGGAGCUGUACGGUAUGGAUAA